CAAAUCAGCAUGUUACGGUUGUUGAUAACGGUUCUUAGUUGGAGUUACUAGUAAGUUAGGCGUAUUCAAGUGAAAGCGGAAAGAAAAUGGGAGUAGAAAUAGAAACAAUUAAACCUGGCGAUGGCCAGACUUUUCCCAAAGUAGGCCAGACUGUAGUAGUGCAUUAUACAGGUACCCUUUCUAGUGGUGAAAAAUUUGACUCAUCUCGGGAUAGAGGUCAACCAUUUAAGUUUAAAAUAGGCAAAGGAGAAGUUAUUAAGGGUUGGGAUCAUGGAGUGGCUCAGAUGAGUGUGGGCCAACGUGCAAAGUUGAUAUGUUCUCCCGACUAUGCUUAUGGAGAAAUAGGUCACCCAGGAAUUAUUCCACCUAAUGCAACCCUGACCUUUGAUGUGGAACUAUUAAGACUUGAGUAGCAGUUGCUUCAUAAUUUGAUGUUGUAACCUAGCCUCGGCUGACCCACAAUGCUGUGCUUUACCCUGGAAGUUGACAGAAGAGUUAAUAACCCAGAAAGAAAGUGUAACUAGCUAAUAAGGGCUCUGCUGGAGGUGUAAUGUUUGAUGUUACUGGAACUGUUAUUAUCUCCCAGUUUUUGCUGUAGUUGUAGAACAGAUAUGCGUCUAUGAUUGACAAUCUGUUUUUUCAGCUGUCCCUUGCUUUGUGGCUAAUGUACAACUAAUGUGAUCACGUGUGUGUGUGUGUUUUUGUUCUUUUAAGUCCAAAAUGAAAGAAACAUGUAUGUUCAUCAUUAAUAGUAACCUUGGAGUUAACAGAUCUCUCACUUAGAAAAUCUAUGCAGAUUAUUAGAAAACCAGUAGGUAUAAAAACAAUGUUUAGUGAAUAAAAUGGAAAAGUUAGCCACCAAUUAAAUGUGGUUCAAUACAAUUUUCUAAGAAUAUAUUCUGUAAAGAUGGAAAUUCUUGCUUAAAGAAAAUCACAUUUUUUCAUUAGGUCAUGAACAUGAGACACAUUUUUCAAGUAUAUUUAUGUUCAGUAUACUCCACCUAUGACAUUAGAUCUUGGGAAAUAAAUUCACAGUACAUUGGAAGCUAUUCAACCUAAUUUUUAUCAGUUACUCCUGAAAUACUUUGUGUUGUAACUGUAAUAAUAAAAGAGAAUAAUUGUGAACUUGCAAUCCAAUCUGAGUAACUUAAUUUUUAUACUUACCAUGCUGUGAUCUCAAGUUUUUCAUUCCGAAAUGUAUAUGGUCAAUUCCUUGGGUUCCUGGAAAACACCAUAUACAUGUUCUGUGAGACUUAAUACUUGUAUUUGAUUUUUGGAUGGAUGUAGAAUUACUCCUCCACUAGUGGCAUGGUCAACAAAAAUUUUUAAUUUUUGUGUUUUAAAUUCAAUACAUCAUUGAAAAAGCUCAAUGGUUUGCUACUGUAUUCUUGAAUUUUGCUACAUCACAGGCCCAUUGAAUAGCAAGCUGACUGUAUCUGGAUUUGUUUUUAAAUUCUUUUACCAAGUAUACUUUUUUAAGUAAAUAAUAUAAAUUAAUGUUAUGAUUUAUUGUCAUAUUUGUAAGUGCACCUAAUAUUUUGAUACUUUGUUUUAUAAAGUACUGUUAUUCAAAUGUAAGUAAUACUGAGUUUUGUGGAUGGCAUUAUAUACAUCAAGAAUCAUCAGAUUUAGAAAACUAAGUAUUGAUAGAAACAAAAGUCCAGUUUUGUUUCCUAAUUUGUCAAAAACUGGAGAGAGGCAAAAGCAGAGUGAAUCAGCCCAUAUUACUGUACUGUGGAAUUAUUCCAGAAUGUUAAAAUAAAGAGUUGAUAUCAAUAAAAUACAGUUUUAAUAUCUGAAACUGAAAAAUCACCAAAACUAAAUAAUCCUUACUGAGUGAUGGUCUUUUGUUGUUAUUCUGAAAAUAGCUUUAAUUACAGACCUGAAUAUGGCCAGUUUAUUAUGCUUAGUAUUUACAGAACAUUGUUUAAUUAUUUGUAGUAUAGGAACUGACUUGUACAGUUUGGCCAUAACACAAUUAGCAGAUAAGGAUGUUGAUGUUUAUUACACGUGUGAUAUUCUCAGGUAGGAUCUGCAGAUUUACGGCCA